AUGGUGGCCGAAGCAUUCGAGCGGCACGGGGUUCCGAAGAAAUGUCCCAGAAAUGCGGGCAUGGUUUCGGUUCUGGACGCCCAGGCACAGCUGACGCUCACGCCAGAGGAGACCAUCGCGGCCUUCGAGGAGCGGGUAACCUCGGUGGCACUAGGGGGCUGCGACACCUCUGAAGCGGAGCAGAA